AUAACCUUAGAAAUAUUAUUCUGAAAAAACUUUCAGUUGUCGACAGAAGGGAAGUUAGCCUGACAAAAUGGAAAAGAAAUAUAGUGAAAAAAAGUGGCUUCCAGGAGUGACCCACCUGUUUUUAUCGCUCUGUUCUGAGAAGGAUGAACUGUUUUGGACCGACAGAACCCAUCCAGCCUGGGAGGAAAUAGUCACAGAAUUAAAAGACCAGGGCGUGGUGGAUGUGGAUGCCACGAAGCUGUAUCGAAAAUUCGGGAACUUGAAGAAAACCUAUCUUCGAAUUAGGAAGAAGCAAUUAAGUGAUCCAGAUUCAUGUCAGCCAAAAUGGCGUUUCUAUAAUCAGAUGGCAGCCAUUAUAAAAAAGGAUCAAUGGGAACUGCCAGAAAAGCAACAAUCCAGCAUGGAGGAAAUAUCAAUAAGGUCAUGCGAGGAUGCCAUGGACCACUUGCACGCACUCCAGGAAUACGCCAUGUUCCGGGAUAAUUACCGCGCCAUUGGACUUCUAAUGCAGGCAGAAUACGCUUUUAAGCACCCGCCAGACAAUAAGGACUUUGAACUAUGAUGGGAUGACUGGAAUGUGAAAUAAAAUUUGUUCUUACCUUUUAAUUUUAUUUAAUACAUAUGUUAUUAAUUUAUAAAGCAUAGAAAUAUGUGUUUUCCAAGUAUAUUUUAUUCCAAAUCAAAAUCGAUGCAUUACAGUACAUUAGUGUGACCAAAUGGCAAACAUUUUUAAAAUUUAACGGUUUAUUAUUUUUAAUUGUGGUGAUUAUACUUCCAAAUGGUUGAUAUUUACAAUAUUUAAAUCUCAUUUUAGAAUUCAUUGGAAUAUAUAUAUGUAUGUAUUUAUAGGUAUAUUUUUAACCGAUUUGUGAUUGCGAUCGGUUUGCGGGUGUUGGCCACAUCACACCCGUAACAGUAAAGUUGUCGCAUGCGCAGUGCACCCCUCUCUGCACCAACACUCUCGCACGCGUAUGUGUGAUUUUUGUUCUCACGGAAAAAAAAGCAAUUGCCACCCUCUCUCCGGUUAGCUGCCUUGGUGCCCACGUUGCGCAUGCUACUCGCAAGAGAGCACCACUGGUCGAGAGAUAAGCGGCGGGGCAGCUAUUUUUGUAUUUGCCAUCGACUAGUCCACAUCAGAAUCUGAAAACUAAAUUAAAUCGCACGCAUCGGCUGUUGGAAAAUUGCAAUCAGCACGGUGCUGCUAAACAGCAACGGAACGGAAUCAAAGGCUACUGAACGAACACAACGGAAGGGCAAACAAAACGAUAAAACGACGCUCAAAUGA